GCUGCUGUUAGGCACGUUUGCAGUUCGCGCUGGCGAGGUAGCGUGGAGUCAGUGGGUUUGCAGAGGGAAGAGAAACGGCGCAGGAACGCGCGCUGCUAUCAGACUCGCGUCUCCAUCCCCGGGCGCAAACUGCGGCGCACGAUUUCAUUUGACAUUUUUGACAUUUUCUGCGUUUUCACUCCACCGUCAACAGAAGCUUGUUUUUUCCCCCCUCUUUUUUCAAUUUAGAGUUUUUUUUUUUUUUUUUUAUCUCUCCCCUUUUCACCAGAUGUUGACAGAGACCAGCUUGGUUGAGCGUCGCAAGGCGGCAGACAGCGGAGCGGGACAUGCCCGAGAGCGGUCAGGCUGUGGAGCGCGUGCUGCGCGCGGGCACCUGUGAGGCUGCGUGUCCCGGUGUUCUGGCGUUGAUCGGUGUGAUCGGUGUCUGCGCGCGCGUGAGGAGCUCGGCGGCGGCGGCGGCGGCGGUGCUGCAGCAGCAGCAGCAGCGGCGCGGAGCGUGAGAGCGCGUUCGCCUCCCCGGUAACAAACUGGCAGGGUAGCAUUGCCAUGGAAACAUGCGAUUUGUGAGUGAGAAGAGAAUCAGUUGAGAGAAUCUAGAAAAAGGAAUAACACAAAAUAUGAGCAUAGCAAGGCAAAUGCUAAACACUGGUGGAUAAUUUUCAAGAAUAAUCUCAAGCCCUUAUUUACUGACAGUGUCACACUCAGACUUGCCAAGCAAGGAACUGCAAGUUGAGAGAGGGACUUGCCUUUGGAUCAGCCGCUUCACAACAACGAAACAUAGGCAGACAUUUAUUGCCUAAAUUAUAUGUGUAAUAGUGCAGUCUGUCAAUUUAAGAGGCAAUGAGUCGACUGUCAGGCCGUCUGCGAUCUGGAAGUGUACGCUUGGUUUGUGAAGCCCUGGGUGGGGAGGACUGCAGUGAACCUGAAGGCUCCUGGAUGGGAGAUAUGGGGCCUGGAGUCACUUCAGCAGGGACAAGUGGCUCUGACACAGCUGCUUCACUACACUAUAGAUUGUUCUCACCUCCUUCUCUUGCUAACGGUCUUCGCAGCCAUGAUGAACAGUUUCAGCGCAGAGCACGGAGACGCAGACAGAUGGACCAUGUGGAACAAACGCACAUGCAUGAACAAAUACACUUUCAGUCACACACACACCCACAGAUGCACAUACACCAACAACCACUUUCACAACAACAGAGCACUCACACAGAACACUCCAACACACCACUACAAUCUCAAAUGCACAUACAAAUGGAUACCCAUGUGCAUACUGAGAGAGAUGUAAUGAUACACAAAAAUACACAUACAGAGAUGGGCAGAUCAUCAACUUUGGAAGAGGACACCUCUCUAGUUCCAGAGGAUCUGUCUAUAACUUCAAAGACAGAAACGUACACUUCCCUUGUCCACUCAACCCAUCCACUGCAUACCAAACAGCUCUCACAAAACUACUCAGCCCUUCAAACCACCCCUGAGUUUACAAGUAAGGUAGACACAGAGAAACCCUCUCAUACCAGUAAACCAGAGAAAAAUCCCUUUACUGCCCCUGAAUUAAGUCAUAGUUCUAGUGCAAGCCACAAUCCUAUCAACACUCCUAUGGAUGCUGAGAGGAAGUAUACCCUGAGGAGUUCUGGUCGGCCACGUUUUCCCUGCCACCUUCGCAAGUCAUCUCGUUUACGCAGAGCUGCAGAAGAUAAUGUAAUGAAAAGGGAAGUGGAACAAAAAGAGACAGAGGAGGAUAGGAACAUCUGGGGAGGAGAAGAUAUUAGACCAGGGGAAGAGUGUCCUCUAGAAAUGGCUGUGGCUACUUCAUCCCCUGUGGAUUUACCAGCUCCUACUAAUUCAAUUCAUAUGGUGCCAAAUCAUAAUGUAGGAAUGCCGUUUGGAAAAGCAACAAGUGAAAGCGGCGCUGUGAUUCAAAUUUCACAGAGAGCUAAACAGCGAGGUCGUUUUUUAGGUGUCAGAAAGAUAGUGGUAAAAAUCGCAAGAAUCCCUGUGCAUCUCAGUCGACGACAGAAAAGCUAUAAGAUCUCCUCUCUAGAGCCUGUGGCAGUGGGAUCACAUGUUGAAGGGAGUACUGCAGGAGAAGCACCAGAAGGGGGAUCUGGUGGAGAGAUCCCGGCACCUAUUUCAAGGGAACCCACUGCUCUUCUCCGCAUGAAAAACAAUGGGAAGAGUGUAAUGGUGAUGUUUCCUCCAGGAGAGCUACCGGUCAUCUUGAAACGGCGAAGGGGGCGUCCCCCUAAACAGGCUUUACCAGGACAGCCUGACAUGCGUGAAACUAGAGCUGGGGCUGCAAGUGCUGCAGAGCCGAAGAAACCCAGGCGGCGUCGGCGAGUAAAGCUGCCAUCCCCUCUGCCUUCGUAUGUCAAUGAUACUAAUGAUGUUAAAGUAGAAUAUGCAGAUGUUCUCUCUAAACUGGCUUUCUUAAACCGCCAACCUCCCACUACUGGUCGAUGUUCCCCCCCACGCUGUUGGACUCCAACAGAACCUGAGACCUUCCACACAUCUCCAGAAAACCCAAAUCUGUCCACGCUACUGCACCGUCUUACAGGCUUUCGUAGGCGAGGUGGUCGUGCAGGCUGUAUGGGAGGGAGGGGAGGGGGUAUGACUGGGUGCUCAGAGGCUUUUAAAAGGUCGUUCAGUGAUUUCUUUGAGACAAUUGGCAAAAAGCGCAAAGUUCCUCUGUCUGAACCCGGGACUCCGAGAAAAAGAGGUAAAGGGCUUGGUGGUGGAAUGAAGAGAGCAACAUUAAAUGAGCAAGGCAGCUUAGUAGCUGGGGAAAAAAUUAGGAAGCGGCGUUCACGAAAGAAUGGAACAUUAAAAGGUGGUCAGGGAGGUCUGGAUCAAGACUGGCAAAAUGGAAAUAGUGGGUGGGGAGAGAAGUGUGAUCCAGAUCUAGGUAGUCACCAGGGAUCAUGUUCACCGCGUGGAGGUUUUCCGUCGUCUGAGACUGGCAAAGGGGGAAUAUACCAUAGCCCUGGAAUGAGAGGAGCUAGCAAUGCAGAGGAAUGUCAAGGAAUGUUUGCAGGAUACUUUCGUUCUUUACUUGAUUCUGAUGACUCCUCAGAUCUGUUGGACAUCUCCAUGUCCAGCCCUACAGGACAUCAAGAUGCUCGUAAAAUCACUCCAGGAUAUGAAGGCAACAGUCCAGGUGCAGCCCAUUGCUGGUCUCCUGCUGUCCCGAAAAGAAGUCCCAAAGUAGCAGCUUGUACUGGGGAGGGGAGCUCCCUUUCCACAGCCCAAUCUCAUAGCAGCUCUGCAAAUAGGACCCCAUUUUUAUACAGUGUAUCCCAAACGUCUCCAACCACUUCUUUCCCAAAGUCUCCUGCUCUUUCUCUCUCUCGGUCACCCAGUUCUCCCCACCCUUCUGGCUGUUUUUCCCAAUACUCCUCCACUUAUAGUGGAAAUGUGCCUCAAGGAGCUGGUGUUUGCCAAGGGACUCAGCAGCAGCCCAGAUCAAGUGACUGCAGCUUUGCCUAUGGCAAUAAAACCUCCCCUGCCUCUUCAACACAACGCCACAUUAAUUAUUCAAGUUAUCAAGCUUCUGCCAAGAGACAUUAUAGUGCAUAUCCUGGGUCUACCCAUGUCCCCAUGCAGCAGAAUGAGUCUAUUGGUCCAUCAUCCCCAAGUGGAAGUUACAUGUCAAUAUCAAAGUCCAGCUCCUUCUCCUCAUCCUCAUCACCUCCUGAAGGAUCCAGACAAUACCACUGCUCUGCUCCUUGGGGUUACAGACAAGGGGGAUCUACCUGGGGUGGUGAUGGAUUUGGUACUCACCAGUUUCAUCCCUACUCUGACUAUGGAGUCAGUGGAACAAGCGCUGAAUCUAAAGACAUCCUAGACAUUUCCAAUUACACACCCCAAAAGGCAAAACAGCGUCCCUGCCCUGACACAUUUUCUGAGUCCUCUUCUGAUUCCUCCCACACAGGAAUAGGUAACAUGGGGGGGGCAUUUUGCCCUAGGGAUGCACCAGUAUCUGAGGGACAAUCAAGUCUGUCAAGCUUAGAGAAGCUGAUGUUAGAUUGGAAUGAAAAUUCUGCAGGCCCUUCAUAUAACUGGAGUCAGAAUGUCUUGUUUCAAGGUGGGACAAAACCAGGCAGAGGGCGAAAGAAACGGGCUGAGGCACAGAGUGAGAAGGAAAUGGGCCAUAUACCCCCAGGUUCGCCUGCAAGUCCUCCUGUGCAGGCAGGUGGACCAAAGCGUAGUGCUUCUGCCGGUCGACAGCCUAGGGGGAGUAGGGGAAGGGGAGGCUUUUCUCCUUGCCAAAGAGAGCGAUCUUUACCACCAAAGUCCAAACUUCAAAAGCCUGCAGCCCCCACAACAGCAGGGCAGAUAGCUCCAUCAGGCGGACUAUACCAGGAAACAUUGGAUUAUUACAGUGGGGAUAGCAGUAGCCUUUCACCACUAAGCCAUGCUCCUGAGCUCUGUGAAUACCCCUCUCCCUAUUCUGCCCAUACCUCCACUCCAUCAUCUGAUGAAAGAUUUGCCCAUAUUUACCCUUCGGACUCUGCCUCUCUUUCUCCCAGCCUGUCAAUUCAGUCAGAUGCCCUAAAGCAGCACCCUAAACCUACACCCCCACCACAAACAUAUGGACAUACUACCAGGACAUUCAGCCCUACACUAUCUCCUAGUCCUCGACUUCCGCCACAGUGUAGCUCAGCCCUGAGUCCACAUCGUGUGCCAAAGGACCAAUUCCCACAGUAUGACUCACCAAGUUACAGUAGCUCUCCUUGCUGGUAUGGCCAGGGUGGAAGUGUUGCUCAUAGUCCCCAGAGCUACGAAGAGCUGCGCUCCACUGCCAUCACUAUGCCCUCACACAAAAGGGACAUGUCUCUAAUUAGCCCUGGGAUGAGAGCACCAUCCCAUUCUUCUUAUACUACACCUUUACUCAGAGGGCAUACUAUGUCCUCUUCUUGUGUGGGUGGGAGUCAAGACUCUUCUCCCCAGCAUGAGGAGCUGGGAUUUCAUGGUAAUAUGGACAGCUAUGCACCAGUAGGGCACCGUUAUGUGUCCCAGAGUUCCCGAGGGGGGGUUCUCUGCCAACUGUUGGAUCAACCCAGUGAUGAAGGCUUCACUGUCACCAGCCUGUAGUUAGCAUUAUUGCACCAUACCAAUAAAGAUGCUUUGGACUACACCAUUUUCAUAUUUCUAAUAUUUUAUAAGAAUGUGAUGUUACAGAAGAAACUUGUUAGAUAGGCUUAAGGAGAUUUGGAACUGUGGACUAAAGAUGAUUUCUUCAGCAGUGACAAUCAAGACACAGAUAUGUGCACAUGCACGAACACACAAAGACACACACACACACACACACACACACACACACACAUACACACACACACACACACAAAACAACUGAAAUAGCACAGCACAUGCAUACACAGAUAGAUGCUCCUACAUGCACAAGACCAGUUGUGAAGCCUGGCUGGAGUUUUUUUCCCCCUGGAUGGAUGGAUAUACUGCUAAUGUCAACUAGAAGAACUCCUCCGCUGAACUGCAAAAAUCCUCAGAAUGCAAAUAUUACUCAUUUAAACAGAAUUCCAGAUAUGCCUGCAAUGGUUCUUAAAUCUGAUGUGAGAGAUCAUGCAAACGGUUGUUGGACUUCACACUGAUCUCUCUGUUUUUUCCUCUGCUCUGAUUCUCUUUCUGUGUCUAUCUGUCUCUUCUAGUCUUAACAUCAUCUCUGGCCAUGUCAGUAGAGAUUAAUUACUUACUUAAAAAAAAAAACCUUUGCAGGGUUUUUGAUGGUGAUCCUGCUUUGAACACAAACUUUAUCCCCCUCAUCCCACCUUAUGUGCUGUCUGCUCCAAAAUACCAGCAUCUGUACAUAAGUCACACUAACCAACUCAGCACCAGAAAUAACAAUGCAAUGAAGUAAAUAACUGAAGUAUAGCAAUUACAGAAGUGGAUAAAGUUUUGCAAAUUAAGUGGAUAAAGUUUUGCAAAGUCUGUAAAUUUAUUACCAAAUUAUCUUGAAAAUGUUACAGAAUUUCUGUUAUGACAUGUAAGAAGUGACGUCAAUUUGUAAGUGACUUUAAAUGGUUCCACUUGAUUCUGCACAAAUAGUUACUGCAAUCAGUUUAAGCGAGGGUAUGGUUUGGUCUAAUAGGGUUUGUCUGAAUAAAAUGCCUUCUAUCCCUGUUCUCGAUCACGGCCUGCAGCAUGGUCAUACCCUGCCCAACACCCAGUUCUUGUCUCUGUAUUUUUGUAAUUUUUUUUUUUUGUCAGGAGGACAGACACUCAUGCACUGACCCCAAAGAUGCUGCUCUGGCAAAGGUGCUGAGAGGCCAGUCUUUCUGAGCAUGGAGGUCUGGAACUCAGGGUGUGGACAAUGCCUAUUCUCCUAUUCAUACUGCUCCCCUCCUUUUUUCUCUCUCCACUGUUCCUAUUUCUUGUGGUCUGCUGUGUCGUACAGUGAUUUUUUUGUGAUGAAAUACUGUAUCUGUCUGUUCCAUAUACUGUAUCUAAGGUGGGAAUAUUUAAAUACACAUUCUGUUCUUAUCAUUGCGUAACUCUGUCCUGCCUCUGCUCUGUGGAGUGGUGUAGAGUGGUGUUUUAAUGUUUCACAUAAGACAGGGCAGGCAAAAUGGAUAACAUUACGAAAUAUAUGAUUACAGUUUCUUUCAUAGAAUUUAAAUACAUUUAUAAGAUAAUAAGGUUAUAAAGUGGCUGUAAUAGGUAUGGAACUAAAGCAAACAAUGGGUAUGGGUAAUACGUAAACAAAGCAAAAAUGAAGCAGCAUUUCCGAAAAUGCAAAACACAACAGCAAAACUAAAACACCACAGCAAAUGCAGAAUAUCAAAAUGACCUCAAAAUGUAGAGUAAAGUUGGUCCUUGCAGAGCAUUGCAUACUUGUUGCUGAUUGACUAACUUAACAGAAAUGCACCUUUCUAAUCUGUUAGCUAGUUAGCCAAGAUACAAAAAACAAAACAAAAGUUGUGGAUAUUUAUUAUUACGAUGGCUAAUUAUUUCUGUAUAACCUGACGUAACGUUGACAGCAUAUCUAUUGUCACAUGAAUGUCCUUGAAAAAAAUAAAUGUACAUAAAGGCAUUGCCAUUAGUUUAGGCUUAUAAUGCAGAAAACUUUCUACAGUAUUUUUUACUGCUGCAUUUUGAAGCCAAUCAGCAAUAAAGACAUGA